GCAAAGAUGAUAAGAUAUCUAGUAGAAGCUAAAGAGCUAUCCUGUAAAUAUUAUUUUGUGCAUGAAUGUGGAGCAGAUUUUUUGGGGAGUUUUAGAUACAAGUAACUUUAACUGAAUGGACCUGAACCGAAAGAAAAAUUUCAGCUGGCAAAUUGGUAUAUCUUCUAUUUUUGUUCUUCUGGAAAAUUGAUCUUUUGAAAAUGUUGAACUAACCUGAUGCAAAUCGAUGCAGAUGUGUUCACAACUGAUAAGUUGAGUUGUCUUCAAUUUUUAUUUCGCUGGAAAACAAAUUCUUGAGCAUUGAAUAAAAAAAUGGAUAUGCGCUAUGCUGUCUUAAUCUAUCAUUUACCCGAAGCUUACCUGAAUGACGCUGUUAAAUCUGUAAUAGAAUUGACUACCAUUUCAGAGAAUUCAGUUUCUUUAAUGAAAUCCGAUCAUUGGGGAGCGAAACUUGUUCUUGAAAACGAACAUAGUUUCCUAGAAGUGAUAUCAUUAUGUGCUUUGAGUAUUCGCAACAAAACAUAUCCUUUAUAUUCUUUGGUUACAGACUUGAUUGUUUGUGGAGCAGGGGUUCGAAUUGAUGCAUUGAAAGUGAAAUUCCUUUUAGAACGGUAUGCCCCUGUUUUAAUGGUCUAUGAGAUGAAAAAUCAGGAUGGUGUUAUCACUUUCAGAGCAACUCUUAAUUAUCCAGAAAUACCCGAGAUAGUCAAACUUUGGACUGGCUCUAACAUGAAGAUUUCUGGUUAUGAUGGCACUGAAAUUACUAUCUCUUCUUUCUGUCGCUUUUGUAGACAAAACGGUCAUUUAAAAAGUCAGUGCUGCAAAAGGAAAAUACCAGUUUUCAAGAGGGUUAUCUCAAGUUCUCCACCGCUUCAAAAUUAUAAAGUUGCAGAUAAACGGACAGCAGUUUCCUCUUCUGACAACAAUGAAUUGACAAAUUUUGCUCCACGAAAUUCUGAGGGAAAUGCCGGCAGUUCUGACAGUAACGAAGUGUCUGGAGGAGUGACAAAGUCGAAACGAAACAAGAAAAUUCCAUUUAGAACUGCCUCACUAAAACCUCGAUCACCUCCUAUAAAUCUGAUUCAUUUAAUUCCUCCGACAAUGAAAAACGACAUUAAAAAAUUGAGACUGUUCUUUUCUGAUUGCAAAAAUUUUAAAAAUUUGUAUAAAAAAGCCUUGCGAUAUCCAGAAGGUAUAGGCCCACUAUUAAAGCUGAGAAAAAUCCUAAAAUUCAACAAGGACGUAAUAAACAAAUCUGAAGAAGAAAUGGAAUUUAUAUGUUGGAUUUGUUUGUUGUUAGCCAAAAUUCAGUAUCUUCACUUGAAAAGGAACGUCCCACUUGAGCCCGAGCCCUAUUUGUUAAAUACUGAAGAUGUGAAAUCCGAGAAUUCAGCUGAAUGAGUAAAUAAAAGAAAUAGCGAGUUUUUUAGAUACACGCAAAUUGAAAGAAGCAAUCAUCUCGGCUAGAAAACAGGUAUGAUCUUAAUAUGAUGAAGAUGGAUAUGUCAAUGAAAUAAGUGAUGACAUGAAGCUAUAGCUCAAGAUUUGAGAGAAUUCUAUUUUUUCAUAGUCGAUAGCUCUUAUAUUAGAGUAAAACUCAUAUUUCAAGAAAUAAACUGCAUUAUGGACUAUAAAUUUGCUAACUAAAUUUAAUUUAUGUCCUGUUCCCAUUUCUUGAACCAAAUAAGUAGAGAUGCAAGCCAAAUAAGCAUUCAUACACUUGCAAAUAAAAGAGUCAAAAUAAGACCUAAAGCCAAAAAAGUAUAUUAAAAUGCAUAUUUUUAUACAUACAUGAAUUCAGUCUUUAUUGAAACUAAAAAAAUUAUAUUUAAAUUCUGUAUGGUUCAGAGAAUGGCUGUUUAAUGCAUAAAUAAAUGAGAGUGGAGUACCAAAUAUUGUGAAUUAGUCUUAUUAUCAAAGAAAAAUCCAAAGAAUCAUUUUCAGCUUGAGAAAAGUUUUAAAAAAUGUAUUUUUCUGAUGUAUUUCCAAGUUUCAUUCCAGAUUUGAAGAAAACUUUUUUAAGUUAAGGGCUGGAAAAAAGAAAACAUUGGUAAUACUGUAGACAAAAAGCUAAAUCAUAUAGUUUCUGGAAGAAAUUAAUUAUUCGAAUUGAACAACUCUAAAAAAUCGAAAUGCUUAGAGAUUUUUUAAAAAAAAUUUCUUUCCAAAUUAAAGCAUAAUCAUGAAAAUGAUAUACUUUAAUUUAAUUCCUUUUACUAAAUGAGAUGGUAGCUUUUUAUUAUUAAAUUUCAUUUUUGGUAAUAAUUUGUAUAAAAUGUACAAUAAAUAAUUUUUCUAGAAAUCAUCAUAAAUGCAGGAAGACUUAUAUGAGGUAAUAUAUAACUUAUAUGAGGUAAUAUAUAACUUAUAUGAGGUAAUUAUAAACUUAUAUGAGGUAAUUUUAAAGUUUAUUUUGCAGAAUGAACGUGAUUUUAGAAAGCAAGGUAUAUAAUAUUGUAAUGCCGCUAAUAUCUUCCGAGAUGAAUAUUUCAAAAUUAAAAAAAUUAUUUUAAUUAUUUUUAUUGCGAUUUUCUCAUUUUAUAUUGAUGACAACUUAGUAAGUAAAAUUAAUUAAUAAAGUAAUAGAUAUAAAUAAUAGAUAAAGUAAAAUUAUAUCU